AUGGCUACCAAAAGCUCGAGUAACUCCAGCAAGAAGAAGGCUAAUGCCGAUGGUUCUAGUAGUGGUGUCAAGAAGACGCCACUUUUCAAAAUUCCUGCAACUUUCGUUGUCCGUCCCAUUACCGAAGAAAGCGAUGCUCGUCUAGCGUCUGUUAUCAAAUUGAAUCCCGAAACUGUGAAAUCGCUCGAAAUUGGUGGUUCUGGAAUGUGUCUGAUCUCCAAGGAGGGUGCAAAUGGUGUUGUGGCUAGUGUAGAGGCUGGUGACGAAUCUAUGCCCACAAACGUUGUUCUCAUGUCGAAAUCGCUUCGAAUGGUGGGGAAUGUACUACUUGGUGAACGAGUCGAGAUUAGGAAAGUGGAGUCUCAGCCCGAGUAUGCUUCCAAUGUCGUGGUAGGAUCUCUUCAGAGAAUCGAUCUUUCCGAGUCAGCGUGUAAAAAAAUCGAAAAGCUUUUAACAGACAGUGGUAUUGUGAUGCCUGGGAUGGUGUUUUCGGAUCAAAAAAUUGACGAAGAAACCGUCGAUGUGUUAAUUGUCGAUAUAAAUGCCUCAGGGGACGGGAGUAUGCCUGAGAUUUCAAAACUCAGCUUAUCAGAUAAGUCUGUAAAUUUCAGCUCAAACUAUCUCUCGCCGCCAGGCCUUUUCCGCAAAGGUCUCACAAAAGUGAUCAAAUCGGUCAAAGCGCAAGUAAAUCCGGUCUACAACUUACCAAAACCUAUGAAUUAUCAUUUUGUUGGUGGUUUGCAGAGAGAGAUAGAAAUUCUCAGAAGGGCUAUCGAGCUUCCGUUACAUCAACCCGAAGUUUUCGCCCACUUUGGCGUUUCUCCUCCACGAGGAAUUCUUUUGCAUGGACCUCCAGGGACAGGAAAAACGAUGCUUUUGAGAUGCAUAGCCAACGAGGCGAAUUCGCAUGUCUUGGCUAUAAAUGGGCCUUCCAUUGUAUCCAAAUAUCUGGGUGAAACGGAAGCAGCCCUACGGGAGAUAUUUAACGAAGCUCGCGAUUAUCAACCAUCGAUAGUUUUCAUUGAUGAAAUUGAUUCGCUGGCUCCCAGCCGCGCAAGCGACGAUUCUGGUGAGGUGGAGAGUAGAAUAGUUGCUACUUUACUAACGCUGAUGGAUGGCAUGGGCGGAACUGGCAAAGUAGUAGUUGUAGCGGCUACCAAUCGUCCAAACUCAGUCGAUGCAGCCUUGAGAAGACCCGGCCGAUUUGAUCAGGAAGUCGAAAUAGGCAUUCCAGACGUCGAGGCAAGAGCAGACAUUCUUUUGAAACAGUUUGCCAAAAUGUCCAUAGACCGCCACGAACUCGAUGAUGUAAUGAUUCGCGCUUUCGCGUCUAAGACUCAUGGUUAUGUCGGUGCCGAUCUGAUCGCCCUGUGUCGCGAGGCUGUCAUGAAAACGAUACAAAGAGGAAUGGCUAACGAAAUCGAGAGAGACGACUUGAGGGUGAUUUCCAAAGAUGUCGAGGAUGCUAUGGCUGAGAUUAGACCUAGUGCAAUGCGUGAGAUUUUCUUGGAGAUGCCCAAGGUCCACUGGUCUGACAUUGGGGGCCAAGAAGACUUGAAAUUGAAGAUGAAAGAAAUGAUCCAGUUACCACUUGAAGCAGCUAAAUCUUUUGAAAGACUAGGAGUUCGCGCUCCAAAGGGUGUCUUACUGUUUGGACCGCCGGGUUGUUCCAAGACGCUCAUCGCAAAAGCACUGGCAACAGAAUCGACGGUGAAUUUUCUUGCCGUCAAAGGUCCGGAAAUUUUUAACAAGUACGUGGGCGAAUCUGAAAGAGCAGUCCGUGAAGUCUUUCGUAAAGCGCGUGCUGCUGCUCCUAGCAUAAUUUUUUUUGAUGAAAUCGACGCUCUUUCGCCUGAUAGAGACGGUGGUGGAUCAACGUCCGCAGCAAGUCAUGUUCUCACGUCGCUGCUCAAUGAGAUAGAUGGUGUCGAAGAAUUGCAAGGCGUCGUUAUUGUUGCAGCUACUAAUAGACCGGAUGAAAUUGAUCCUGCUCUACUAAGACCGGGCAGACUAGACCGUCACGUUUACGUCGGUCCUCCAGAUUAUGAUGCAAGGCUUCAAAUAAUUCGCAAGAACACCAGCAAAUUUUCACUCGAAAACCACGAAGAACUAAUAACCGAGCUAGCCACAAAAACGGCGGGCUGUUCCGGUGCAGAGGUUGUUUUACUCUGCCAGGAAGCAGGUCUCGCCGCAAUUAUGGAGGAUACGGAGGCUACUAAAGUGGAUUGUCGCCAUUUCAACAAAGCAAUUAAGGAAAUUUCAAGAGGAAUAACUCCAGAAAUGCUGGCGUACUACGAUGAUUUCAAAGCCAAGAAUGGGGUCUCUGCUUGA